CCCACCCCCAAUCUCCCAUUCUGCACGUCCAUAAACACACCCAAGCAAACCGUCAAACCGCUGCUGUCUCACUGCACCUCACCUUCGCAACUGGCUUUUUUGCCUCGUUGCUGCUUCUUCUCAUUACUUCUCCUUCCGCCUUGCUUCUCCUUCUGUCUGACUGCAGCGCCACGCAGAGCGUGCACCGUUCCCAGCCAUUCUCGUGUGAUCGCUUUCAUUUCCUUUCGCCCUUUUUUGUGUUCUGUCAAAGCCCUCGUGUCUUGCUUGCUUGCUUGCUUGUUCUGGCAUCUCUUCACUCCAUCCAUCCAUCCAACCGAUCGACGACGAUGAAGGCCGCCCUGUGCGUGCUUGCUGUGGUGGCCCUGGCCGGCCUCUGCGCUCUCACCAACGCUCAAAGCCCACCGGAAGGCAUUGUGCUUGGCGAUGAGCUGACCUCCACGGAGUUCGUCAACACCGUGAACCUGGACAACUGUGCGGAGCUGACUGACUCGAGCGCUGGCUACUACUUUGAGGGCGGAGCCGCGACGGGUCUGACCCGCGACCGCUGCUCUGUUGGUGGUACCUGCCAGUGCCGCCAGUUUACGGAUGGCUGCGACAACGGAAGUGAGUCAUGGUCGUGA